AUGGAUGAAGAACAAUUAUGUGAAUUUCCUGUAUAUAUUGAGGAGAAAAACGAAAUAAUUACCUUAUUUUUAAGCAAAAAAGCUAUUGAGAGAGCAACACAAGACGAAGCUUUUUUAACCGAACUUAUUGCGAAAGAAACAAAACAACAACAAAUUAAUGAGGUAUCAGUAGCACCAGUAGAACAUACAGACGAAAAUGCUGUCGACAAAAACAAUGCAGACAAGUCAAAGGUAUUUGUAUGGCCAGAUAAGGCAGUACUUUUGUUAUUGGAAAUGUACCGAGAAAGAGAAGAAGAUUUCUCUACUGGAUUAAAGCGUAGCAAUAAAAUCUGGACUGAAAUUGCUGCUGAGAUGAAAGAGGCGAAUUCUUUAUAUAAAGUGACAGGUCCACAGAGUAAGAAAAAACGGGUGGAACACGUUUUGGAAGAAUUAGUAGAAAAUAUAGCCACAGAAAUAGAAGAAAAAAAAGAAGAAAGAAAAAGAAGAGAGGCAAAGCACGAAGAAAUUCGAGAAGAAAAUAGACGAGAUCGCGAGAGAAGACAUAAGGAGCAAAUGGAUGUCCAAAAAUCUUUAGUAUCUAUUUUACAACAAUUUUUAAAAUAA